AUGGCACCUCAGGAGCCCGUGGCCGCCACUGUGCUUGGUACCAUCGGCACAGUACUGUGGUGUGUUCAGCUCGUGCCCCAGGUCUAUACCAACUGGCACACCAAGAGCACAGAGGGUCUGCCAAGCAGCAUGAUGUUCCUCUGGGCAUUGUGUGGCGUACCAUUCGGCACCUAUGCCAUUGGUCAGCAAUUCAACAUCCCGUUGCAGGUCCAACCGCAAUGCUUCAUGGCGUUGUGCUUGGUCAGCUGGUGCCAAUGCCUGCUCUACUCACAGUGUGUGCUGACUGUCGUUGGUAGUAAAUGGGCUCUUUGGAAGGUUUGGCUGCUGGGAACGGGCACGGGCAUCCUCUUCGGUGGUGUUGAGGCAGCCUUGAUCCUGUCGUUGCGGCCCAUAUACGAGAAUGGCAAUGAGACGCCCAUGAUCGUCAUAGGCAUCGUUGCGGCCAUCCUCCUUGCCGUGGGCUUGCUUCCCCCUUAUGGAGAGGCCUGGAAGCGGAGAGGACGCAUCAUCGGGAUUAAUUGGAUAUUUCUCUCCAUGGACUCGAUGGGCGCCUUUUUCUCGCUGAUGUCGCUUGUACCAGCGGCACAAAAUAAUUUCGAUAUCUUGGGUGGUGUCAUGUACAUAAUCUGCAUGCUUCUUGAGAUAGGGAUAUUCCUGUCGCACAUCAUAUGGCUUUGCCGCACUCGAAAAAUCCGCAACGAAGCCAAAUCCAGCGACAAGACUUUCGACGACGUUGCGGCGGAGCAUGAGCGAGAAGGCAGGCCUUUCGCCUUUGCGGAGCGAAAGACCACUUGGCGAAGGAAGACGAAGGAAAAGCCGCAGGACGAGGAAAACGGUAGCGACAAUGAGCUUCCACCAGCAGCGGGUGAGGCACAGCACGCUGUCGACGCAAAGGCAGACAAACAGGGGAAAGCGGGAACCGCCAACGAUGGCGAUGGCGACGGCGACGGCGACGGCGAGGCACGCUCACCCCUGACAUCGAAUGCAUCUACAGAGAGGCCGGGAGAAGCGAACGAGCUGGAUACCAGUGUGCGAUAG